GCCACCUGUCGCGCAGUCACCACGCUUUCAUUGAAUAACCGGGACUGUUUUCUUGACGCAAGCGUACUGAGGCCCAACAAAGGGCCGAAAUAAGAACGAUUCGCAAGUGAAUCUGAUGUAUUUAUGUCAUAAAAAUGGUGAAAUCUGUGAAGUGGCGAGUAGAAAUUAGGAUAUUCGACGUGUCGAAUCAUGACCGAGGCAUCUGAAAGUGUCUGCGUGGUGCGUGUGCGGGCGCAAGUGAUGUGUCGCGACGAAGGCACCGGCGGCUGGGUCGCCCUCGGGGGCGGAGGCCUGGCCGACGUGAUGGUGGGCAAGCGGCAGCGCGCGGCAGGGGGCGACAGUAAUGGCGACACGUCAUCUUCGUCCGCAAACGCACCGACACACGAUUUCUUCAUACACGGAAAACGGAUCAGCGACAACAUGGUGGUUUUAGAAUGCACAAUAAAAAAGGAUUUCCAGUACAACAAGGUGAUGCCAACGUUCCACCACUGGGUCACGGAGGAGAAGCGUUUCGGCCUCACUUUCCAGACGGCCGCGGAUGCGCGCGCAUUCGACCGCGGCGUGCGGACCGCCAUCGAGGAACUGUUAGACGGUCUGGGCGGGGCGUGGCCUGCGCUUCACGCGUACAAAAAACACAAUCCAGCGCCGGCCGACGACGAUGAGGAACAAAACAUAUUUGAGUGUCUAAAUCUACCCACGGACUCCCGCUCGAGCUCCGAGAACUCCACGGCGAGUCGCGUCCGACACGCUCACGACCUCACGCAGACACCCAUCCUCUCCGCCAUCAACCUGCCGCGCCAUCACGAUACAAUGAAAACAUACGAGAUCCAGUAUGAAGAUAAAAUGGUUGACGACGAUCCGGAGAGGUGUCCAUACGUACAUCUGUCAGCUGUGCACGAAUACACGUAUCCGCAAGUGGGUCCGGGUGGCAUGAUCAGCUCUGAGAAGUCCUCGCCCAACACCAAACCACCAUUAUUGAAACGGGACUCAGGGUCGAUAAAGAAACAUCCGUACAGCGGGCCACCGCCGCUGCCCGACAAGAAGCCAACUGAAACCUUCCAGGCGAGACUCAAAUGCAGGCAUUGUCACGAAUGGUACCUAGAGAGUGCGAACAGAGCUGGUGCGUGUGAAUUUGCUCCGGACGCCUUCAAGACUUGUAUCGACGCUGUUUCCUGUAUCAAAUGUGCUCAGUGUAUGCUGUACCACUGCAUGUCGGACGCGGAGGGAGACUUCGCCAUGCACCCGUGCGCGUGCGCACCCCCAGACCACGCCUGCGCCAAGCGGUGGGUGGGCAUCACGCUGCUGUCGCUGCUGGUGCCGUGCCUGUGUUGCUACGCGCCGCUGCGCUGCGUGCACCGCGCAUGCGCGCGCGCGCACGUGGCGGGCGGCGCGCACCGGCCGCGCGCGCAGGACCAGUAGCGCAGGGGGCCGGGGGGCCGACCCGGCGCCCACCCACCACCAUGUGUCGCUCAACCCAGGGUGAGCCCCAGCGGCUCGCUGCUGGCGCCGAUCUGUCACAACACUCAAAGCCCCACGUGUAUAUCGGCCCCAUCGUGCGGCUCGCCGAAUACGACCGCUCCGUCGUAUUUGACACCGCUGGGAAGCCUGCCGAAUGAAACUUUAGAAAACACAAGUGAUACUCCGCCUCUGUCGCCUCCGAGCGCGUCGACGUUAAGCCCGCGGGCGGAAACGAUAACGUCCGCGGCGAAUUCGCCGAGCGCGCCGUGGUUGACGCCGCUUCCCAGUUCGGUGAGCACCGAGUCUUCGACGCCGAUCGCGAGUCCGCUGCGCGAGGACUCGUCGAGCAGUUCGCCAAGUAUCGACCUGCCUUUGACGCCGCGAACCGCUAAACCGUCGCCCCGGGACAGUCCGAGCGUCGAAUCACCGUUGACACCGUUAGGAUCUCCACCCCUCAAAGCGUCGGGUAGUUCACCCGACUCACCAUUAACACCGUUAGGAACUCCACCCCUCAAACCGUCGUGUAGUCCACCCGACUCACCUUUAACACCGUUAGGAACUCCACCUCACAAACCGUCGGGUAGUCCACCCGACUCACCUUUAACACCGUUAGGUAAUUUACCGCCGACCCCUAGCCCCCCGAGCGCUGAUCUCCCGUUAACACCGUCGGGCAGUCCGUUCCCAUUAACUGGCAGCUCGCCGAGUGCGCAAGUGACAUCGUCCGAUAGCCCCCCGAGUGCUGACUUGCCCUUAACGCCUCCGUGUACCCCGGCUUUACCGGUGACACCUAGCCCCCCGAGCGCUAGUCUGCCUUUAACACCUAAAUCUUUGGUGGAUCAGAAUAGCUCUUCGUCGAAUGGCACGGAAUGAAACUAAACCACGAUGGUUGAAUUUGGCUGUGUUUUGCGGACGUGACAAGACUGCGUUAAGUUAAAUGAAAAUUAGACUGGCGCUAUCGGUUAUACUUGGCGAAUAAUCAAUGGGAACUGACGCUGAAAAAAAUGGUGUAAAAGGCCCUUAUUAACGUCACAAAGAGAGUUUUAAAAAGGUUAGUAAACUUCGCUAUUACACCAUACACGAGAGAAAUUGGUGAACAUUUAAUUUAGAAAUAGAAGCAUCCUAGCGAACGCUCCCGAAAGGUAAAACAGUAUUUUUAGAAACACAGGCUGUUACUAUUGCAUACAAGAGAUAUUUUCAGUGCAAGUGAUUUAAAAGGCAAACAAAAAUAACGCAUAUUUUAUAGUAGUUGUAACAAGAUAUAAUGCGAGACGAGCUGUUAUUUAUAAUAUAUGGUUGUGUAUUUAUUUACCAAUGGAAUCUUUGAGAUGCCGAAAUGGAAAUGAAAACUGGAAGGGUUGCCAAAUUUUGGUAUGAAAUGUACCCAAACUUGGCACGGCAGUGAAAUGGACAGUGAAUAAAGUGUUGUGGACUAAUAAGUUUAAAGAAAAAUAUUUUCCAAGCGAAAAUAGAAAACACGGAAGCAUCACUGAAGUGUGCCUAGUUUGGUAACAAUUUUCGUAAUGAAAUUGUGUGAAAAGACAGUGUUGACUUGGCAAUUAAUAUUGUGGUGUUUUUAGUGGACCGGGAGAAUUGAAAGUCCUGAGGAUUGUGCUUUCGAAAGAUAUCGCGAGUUGGACAAUGAAAGAGUAUACUCUAAAAAGGAAAUGGAAAUGUGAGAAAAGAAUGACUAAAGUAAGGUUAGUUAAAUUUCCAGUUUUUGAUACUUACACUAAAUUUUAAAUGCGUUUCGAAACUUCUGUUGUUUCACAAUUUAUCAUAAAUACGUUACAGAUGUUUAGACUUUGCAAUGUUGCCAUAUUUAAAUGAAUGUUGCCACUCUAUGAAUUGUUAAAUUAUUUAGCAUUUAUGGAAUAUCUGUAUGGUAUUAAUUCGUCAUGGUUAACCUAACCUUACAUGUAUACUUUACUGAGGAGUAUUGUGCCAUGCUAUUUAAUGUAAUUUUUACGUAUGAAGUCCUUUUACAGUAAUAGUUUAUUGCAAGAUGAAAAUUAGGCGUAAUAUUUGUUAAAAAAAAGCUAAAACGUUGUAUGUUAAUAAUGCGGAAAUUUACAAUAAAAUGCUAAGUAUUUAUCAAGAACAGUGUUAUUAAAUGACAUUGGUUCCGUAUCGUGUUUAACGCCACGUGUGCGGCGCGUUAUUGUGAACCUUGUCGCAAUGCACGAAGGUUGAUAUUGGGCUGUAGCUUCGCGCGUCAGUUGACGUCUUUGGCGGUGAAAGGGUUGUUUGAAUCGACUAUUAUUGUAAUGGACUUCACGCGUUUCUUUAAAAUUAGUACAAGAGGUUGUCUGCUUAUUCAGUCUUAUAUUUCUUCUGUCUUCCAUGAAUUUUAGGUAUUCUAGCUUUUGAUUGUUAAUGCGUUUGUUAGAUCUGUUAUUAAUCUCAUUCUACGAUCUGUUAAGUAGGUUUUGAUGCUAGUUUUUAUAAAGAACAAUUGGAUCUUUAUAAAAACUAGUUAUAUAUAUAUACUUGUCAAAUAUGAGAGUAUAAACGAAGUGAAAAUUCUAUUUGAACAUGUUACAUAUCUAUGAUGGAUACUUACAUGGAAACCAUAGUAUUAUAUUUUCCAGAGCUGCAUGUUGAAAUAGGUAUAUGUAUACAAUAUUGAUAUAAUCAAGCUUUUCAAUUUCGUGCCAUACUUAGGCCACUCAGCAAGCUUCGUGGCCUAAACACGGCACUCGACUGAAAAUCACCCUAUUGUAUCACGAUUGUAUAAAAUACGAGUACUAAUACUUUACACGACACUUUGCUGUAAGAAACAUUUGUAUAUUCUAAAAUAUUUCUGCUGACUUGACAAUUUUCUUGAAUACAUACUUUGUAUUAAUUAGAAUUAUUCAAACUACGCGUAGUAGAUUACCUAUAGUCUGUGUCAACUUUUUGACAUUCAAGUGACCCGUUUAUCGCAGACUAUACUAUGAAAACCAUACACAUGUCAAGUUGUAUUUUUUGCGAAAUUCUUUAAUAUUUAAUUAAGGAAAUAUUGGUUAACACUCGAUACUUUAAGAAUAAGGAGUAUCGAAUUGAUCGAAGCAUUUCCAUCGGGCGUGUCAAAAAAGUCAAUAUUAUUGAUUGAUGGCAUUAUUAUUGAUGUUAAUCAGUAAUGCUGUCAAUAAAAAUAAUACUGAUGGGAGUGAGUCGAACGUAAUGUCACUUUAACAACAGAUUAUUCGUGUUAAAAUAAGACUUUGUCUAUGGUCGCCAUUUUAGGCAACGCUGUAAUACAAUCAUCCUAGAUAAAGCAUUCUGUCUCUUUUAUAUAGUGAGAAAGCUAUAUCAAGGAGGAUUGCUCCUUAUAAUACAUGUAUUAUAAAUGGUAGUAACUGGCAACAAGGAUAUCUUGGGUUGCCAGUUUUUCCAUUUGAUGCUAGCGCCACCCCAUACACUGUCAAUUUUAUUGCGCAAUUUCAGACACCCCUAGAAGCCUAGAUGUUUGGAUACCUGAGAUUGCGAAAAAAAAAAUGAUUUGUCUAUGGGAUACCUAAAGCUAGCGUGUACAAAGUUGUCUGUGCGGCUGACCAAGGCGAAUUCUGUCACAUUUGAUAAGAAAAAUACAUUUGGCCAACAGUACGUAUAACUUUGUACGAAUUUUUAAAGAAAUAUUAAUGUUUUGUGGGAGUUAAAAGUAAAUCGUAUAUUAAGGUACCUAAUGUAUUUUAAAGUAAUCGCGCAUUUUCAAUCAUUUCUGUACGAAUAAAUAAUCUAGUUUUCAAAUUUUUUAAUGCCUUUUCUAAAAUAUAUUUUCAUUCGUUUGACAAUCUUAUUCCGUUAAAUAAAUGAGUAAAUGACCAACUUUUUUGUACAUUUAUAUAAUAGGGUUAUUCCACGGUCGAGUUGUAAGCCGCGUUGCAGUCGCUCUUUGGUAACUACAAAAACAUGAGAAAUUCAAUAAAAAAAUUAGUUGAAAAAAUUUAACAACUUCGGUGUUUCACGAUAGAUGGGCUCAAUCGCGGGUGCCGAAAGGUUAGAUUUUAUCGCGUUCGCGAUAUGACUUAGCUAUUGUCUAAUCGCGAUCGCGAACUUGUCAGGACCGUAUACAGAAAAAAAACAAUAACUAUACAGAGUGGAACAAAACGGUGUCCGAAGUGAGACUCGUCGCCAAAUUACAUCUCGACAUUCUAAUCGUUAUUCCGCAUAUUUUUUUAAAUAUGAUAUCGUAAUGUAAGUAAAUGUAUUAAGUGUUUAAUAUUACACUAAGAAUAUUUUAAUUGUUUUUUUAAUAUUAACAAUGUCUCGUUUGGAAAAAUCUUAGCUAGAAAUAAAAAGAGACUUUACUAUAGUUAAUUUAAUUUCUUUAAGGAUAAAUUAUAAUAAAUGAAUGUUUUAGUGUUUUAUCGAUUGUAAGCAUGAUAAAUUUGAAUAUAAACCAAAGUUUAAGUAUGUGAAUGGUUCAUAUGAAUAUAAAUGUAAUUGAAAUAAUGAAAUAAAUAAUCGUAAAUA